AUUUUAAGAAGAUACACAUUUUGCUAAUGACAUUAUAAUAAUGGAUAAAAUACCUCGCACGCAUGAAGCUAUAGAAGCUCAGAUAAGGGAGAUUCAACAGAAAAAAAAUGAAUUACCAGAAAAUGGUACAGGGAAAGGAGUAUCAUUGGGAGACACUUAUUACGACAGUGACAUUUACGAUAAUGCUGGACAUGGUGGCAAGUCAAGAUAUGAUGGUUAUGUGACAUCAAUAGCUGCAAAUGAUGAAGUUGAAGAUGAAGAUGUUGAAAAUGUCCCGAUAUCACAGAAAAGACCAGGCUACACUGCACCUGCAUCACUUCUCAAUGAUAUUGCACAGAGUGACAAAGACUAUGACCCAUUUGCAGAUAAAAGAAGACCUACAAUUGCAGAUAGAGAAGAUGAGUACCGCCAAAAGAGACGCAGGAUGAUUAUAUCUCCUGAAAGAAAUGACCCUUUUGCAGAAGGUGGAAAAACUCCUGAUGUUGGAUCUAGGACAUAUACAGAGAUCAUGAAAGAACAAUAUUUGCGAGCUGAAGAGACAGAGUUAAGAAAAAAAUUGUUAGAGAAAGCUAGAGAAGGAACUCUUAAACCAGUGGCCCAACCUAAUGGGGAAGUAGCAAAACCAGCUGCCGCUAAACGGAAGGGCAGAUGGGAUCAGAGCUCUGAAGACACACCAUCUGUUAAGAAAGCAGUCACAGCAACACCUAGCUCCCAAGCCACACCUUCAUGGGAAAAUGAAAGAGGUGCUUGGGAAGAAACGCCUGGUGCGAGUGGGCGUGGCGGCGAGACCCCCGGCGCUACUCCGUCUGCACGCGUGUGGGACGCCACGCCAGGACACGCCACACCGGGCCACGCUACGCCCGGCCGCGACACGCCCGCACAGCAGGCUUCCCGGCGGAACCGCUGGGAUGAGACGCCCAAAACUGACAGAGAAACACCUGGGCACAAUAGUGGAUGGGCAGAAACUCCUCGUACUGAUCGUGGUGUGGGAGUUGAUACUAUUCAAGAGACACCGACUCCGGGGACGAAACGUAGAUCGCGUUGGGAUGAGACACCGGGGGCUACACCUAUACCCGCCACGCCUACACCUUCUCACGCUACGCCCUCGCACGCGACGCCUUCGCAUGCCACGCCCUCACACGCCACGCCCACACCGCAUACUCCGGUGUUUACCCCUGGAGGAUCAACUCCCGUCGGUGUAAAAGCCAUGGCGAUGGCGACACCCACGCCGGGCCACGUCGCAGCCAUGACCCCGGAACAGCUGCAGGCGUACCGCUGGGAGAAAGAAAUAGACGAACGCAACCGCCCGUACACCGAUGAAGAAUUGGAUGCCAUGUUCCCUCCCGGGUACAAGGUUUUACCGCCCCCGGCCGGUUACGUCCCGAUUCGGACGCCGGCUCGUAAGCUGACCGCGACGCCUACACCAUUGGCUGGUACCCCAAUCGGCUUUUUCAUGCAGACGGAGGAAGUCGGGGGCUCCGCGGCGGCAGCGGCGCGGCUGCUGGAGCCCCAGCCAAAGGGCGGGCAGCAACUGCCCUUCAUGAAGCCGGAGGACGCCCAGUACUUUGACAAACUGCUCAUAGACGUGGAUGAGGACGCACUCUCGCCGGAGGAACUUAAAGAGAGGAAGAUAAUGAAACUGCUACUUAAGAUUAAGAACGGCACCCCACCGAUGUGCAAGGCGGCGCUGCGUCAGAUAACGGACAAGGCGCGCGAUUUCGGCGCGGGGCCGCUCUUCAACCAAAUCCUGCCACUGCUCAUGAGCCCCACACUUGAGGACCAGGAGCGGCAUCUCCUCGUCAAGGUCAUUGACAGGAUUCUGUACAAGCUGGAUGAUCUUGUACGACCUUAUGUGCACAAGAUCUUGGUGGUGAUAGAACCUCUUUUGAUUGACGAAGAUUACUACGCCCGUGUGGAAGGUCGUGAGAUAAUUUCUAACCUCGCAAAGGCGGCCGGUUUGGCGACCAUGAUCUCCACAAUGAGACCUGAUAUAGACAACAUUGAUGAGUAUGUACGAAACACCACUGCAAGAGCAUUCGCUGUCGUAGCCUCUGCUUUAGGUAUACCGUCUCUCCUGCCAUUCUUGAAGGCGGUAUGCAGAUCUAAGAAGUCAUGGCAGGCGCGGCACACUGGUAUAAAGAUUGUGCAACAGAUUGCCAUCCUCAUGGGCUGUGCCAUUCUGCCACAUCUUAAAUCAUUGGUCGAGAUUAUUGAACAUGGACUUGUGGAUGAGCAACAAAAAGUGCGAACCAUUACUGCCUUAGCCAGCGCAGCUUUAGCCGAAGCUGCAACUCCAUAUGGUAUCGAGUCUUUCGAUUCAGUACUCAAGCCUUUGUGGAAGGGUAUCAGAACACAUAGAGGAAAAGGUCUGGCUGCUUUCCUCAAGGCUAUUGGAUACCUCAUCCCGCUUAUGGACGCCGAGUACGCUAAUUAUUAUACAAGAGAAGUGAUGCUUAUCCUUAUUCGUGAGUUCCAGUCCCCCGAUGAAGAAAUGAAAAAGAUUGUUUUGAAGGUAGUGAAACAGUGUUGCGGCACCGACGGUGUGGAGCCUCAGUACAUAAUGGACGAGAUCCUGCCGCACUUCUUCAAGCACUUCUGGAACCACCGCAUGGCCCUGGACAGACGUAACUACCGACAACUGGUCGAUACUACUGUUGAAAUUGCUAAUAAGGUCGGAGCCUCAGAAAUAAUAAACAGAAUAGUGGACGACCUGAAAGACGACAAUGAACAAUACAGGAAGAUGGUUAUGGAGUCAAUCGAAAAGAUCCUGGCCAACUUGGGCGCUGCGGAUAUCGAUUCCAAGUUAGAAGAAGCGCUUAUUGACGGCAUCCUCUACGCAUUCCAGGAACAAACCACUGAGGACGUGGUAAUGCUGAACGGUUUCGGCACGAUCGUGAACCAGCUGGGUAAGCGCGUGAAGCCCUACCUGCCGCAGAUUUGCGGUAUCAUCCUGUGGCGUAUGAACAACAAGUCAGCCAAAGUGCGCCAGCAGGCCGCUGAUCUUAUCUCACGUAUCGCCGUCGUCAUGAAGACGUGCCAAGAGGAAAAAUUAAUGGGUCAUCUUGGUGUGGUACUUUACGAGUAUUUGGGUGAAGAGUAUCCAGAAGUGUUAGGGUCAAUACUGGGCGCGCUGAAGGCAAUUGUUAACGUGAUCGGUAUGACGAAGAUGACGCCGCCCAUCAAAGAUCUCCUGCCCAGGCUCACUCCCAUAUUGAAAAACAGACAUGAGAAAGUACAAGAGAAUUGUAUCGAUCUAGUUGGUCGCAUCGCUGACCGCGGGCCGGAGUUCGUGUCGGCGCGCGAGUGGAUGAGGAUAUGCUUCGAGCUGCUGGAGCUGCUGAAGGCGCACAAGAAGGCGAUACGAAGAGCCACUGUCAAUACAUUUGGUUACAUCGCCAAGGCUAUCGGCCCACAUGAUGUCCUCGCGACAUUACUUAAUAACUUAAAGGUGCAAGAGAGACAAAACAGAGUAUGUACAACGGUGGCCAUCGCUAUAGUGGCGGAGACGUGUUCGCCGUUCACUGUGCUGCCGGCGCUGAUGAACGAGUACCGCGUGCCCGAGCUCAACGUGCAGAACGGCGUGCUCAAGUCACUGUCCUUCCUGUUUGAAUACAUCGGCGAGAUGGGCAAAGAUUACAUAUACGCGGUCUGUCCAUUGCUGGAAGACGCGCUUAUGGACAGAGAUCUUGUACAUCGGCAAACGGCGUGCGCGGCGAUAAAACACAUGGCGCUGGGCGUAUACGGGUUCGGUUGCGAGGACGCUCUCAUUCAUCUGUUGAACCACGUGUGGCCCAACAUCUUCGAGACUUCGCCGCAUUUGGUGCAGGCUUUCAUGGAUGCUGUGGAGGGCAUGAGGGUCGCUCUCGGGCCCAUUAAGAUAUUGCAGUAUGCUCUACAGGGCUUAUUCCAUCCCGCGAGGAAAGUGCGCGACGUGUACUGGAAGAUCUACAACACUCUGUACAUCGGCGGACAGGAUUCGCUGGUCGCUGGCUACCCGCGCAUACACAACGAACCCAACAAUCACUUCCUCAGAUACGAACUGGAUUACACGCUGUAGCUCUCAUAUUAUAUUCUUGCGGGAUAACA